AACAAAUCUUCCUCUCUCGGUAGCCAUAUUCAGACGUCGGCUUGCUCCUGUAUUUUUUCUAUUGCAGCCGAGGGAGACCGAGAAUCAAAUACGGAGCAGAAUCUGUGUCUCAUUCAAGCAGUCAAGAGGGAAGGGGAUUUGGAACAUUCUCCGUAACUUACCGGCUGGUAAAUUCGGCCAACCUGUAGUGGAUCUCCUCCAGGCCAAGCUGGAGCCUGGUGUUUCAAUUUCACUCCUUCGAGUUCGGUUCCACAUUAAUAGUUAUUGACUGUGACUGGAGAGGUUCCUUUUCAGCUGAUAAUCCCACGUGGCGACUGAUAUGGCUCAUGGCUUGGGAGGAUGGAGGAGUGUAGCCCUGGUUAUCUGUGGUAUGUAUGGACAGUUGAUAAUAUGCAGCUUCGGCUAAAGUAUGUCUUUUCUCUUGGGCGUAUGGGGAACUCCGCGGCGAAUUCAUGAUAAGAAUAUAUAUAGAACGAGGCUAGAAACCACAAGUUCCACAGUUAGCCAAGGGUACCAAACUUAAUGUAGUUGAUAUCCUUUCUUUUUCUUAUUUUGUUAUUUGAAAGUCCUGCGAUUCACAGUUAUGAAGAGGAUGGUGAUGAUCCUGAAGAACCGGAAGAAAAGAAGAGGAACCUUUGUAUAUCGCAAUGCUGGGAUAAUGGAGGAUCCCCUGGAUAAGUUAUGGGGCCAAGAACAUGGCACGGUGACAGGCAACCGGCUUGUACAUAACUUACUUGGGCCUCUCCCCUGCUUGAAACUAUACUUAAGUAUAUGGAUAUCAAGCUUGAACCUUGCAAACUUGACAACCCUUGACACCAGCACCGACACCGAGACGGCACGAUCGGAAUGGUGUAUCGGGCCACUGGUUUCGGGAGGUCUUCCUAGCUCCCGCCUGCCGGCCUACACAACGAAGUAGAUCGAGGACAAGUGCCAUGAAGUGGGAGGUCGGCCGGCCGAUUCAGACCGUCCACCAAAAGCG